AGAAGCUCUCCAUCCAACACAAGUCCUCUGGGACAGCAGAGCUCACAAGCGUCUAGGACAAGAGCCAAGAAGAAACCAGAACGAAAGCACCUUGCGUCAACAUGACUUCCAAGCUGGUUGUUGCUAUCUUAGUAGCUUUUAUGCUUUCUGCAGCUCUGUGUGAAGCUGCAGUUGUGUCAAGAAUUAGUUCAGAACUUCGAUGCCAGUGCAUAAAAACUCAUUCCACACCUUUCAAUCCCAAAUUAAUCAAAGAACUGACAGUGAUUGACAGUGGCCCACACUGUGAAAACUCAGAAAUCAUUGUAAAGCUCGUCAAUGGAAAUGAGGUGUGCCUGGACCCCAAGCAAAAGUGGGUGCAGAAGGUUGUGGAGAUAUUUUUGAAGAAAGCUGAGAAACAAAAUGCAUAAACAAACAAACAAACACAUUCUCCAUGGUUUCCAAGAAUUCUUCAAUAAAGAUGCCAAUGAAACUUCAAGCAAGCAAAUUCACUUCAGCACUUCAUGCAGUGUGUGGGUCUGGUGUAGGGUUGGUUGCCAGAUAAAAUAGAGUAUGCUCAGUUAGAUCUGGAGAUUAGGAAAAACAAUGAAUAGUUUUUUUUUCCAAUGUCCCAUGACACUGUCCCAUGCAAUAUUUAGACACACUUAUAUUAAAAAUAUUAUUUAUUGUCUACCACAAAUUCAAAUUUAACUGGAAAUCCUGGAUAUGUUUUGUAGUUAUUGUUACAUCUUUCAACCUCAACCUGCUGGCCAGGAGACAGGAGUCCCUGUCCUUGUUUCCGUAUUUAUUCUUCAACUGGAGAAAAAGUAUCAGUCACCAUCCUACCUCACAGAGACGUGAGGACAUGUGGAAGCACUUUAACUUUUUCUCAUGUCAGGCGAAUUAUUAUGUGCAAGUGAAACUUGUUUGCUUAUUUAUUAUUUAUAUAUUUAUUUAAGACACAAAUAGGGGAAUCUCUCUGUAUAAAUUGGGGAAAAUGGGAAAUGAAGCAUUGUUGGUAGGAUAGUAUAAUGACAGUAGUGAAUUUUUAUUUAUUUUGAUAUUAAAUGAUGUGACAUCAGAGAACUAUGUUGAUCAAGGGUACCAGAUUUAGCAAAAUUGAAAACAAACAAGAGACCCAAUUAAUUUUUAUUUCAGAUAAACAAUGAAUAAUUUUUUAGUAUAUGUAUAUUACUAUUUAUCUGAAAUUGUAAUUGAACUAGAAAUCCUACUUUUAUAGUCCUAGCCUUGUCUUGUCACUGCCUGCCUUGUACUGGGCUGUGUUGAACUGUAAGAAUCCUGAAUUAUAAUUGUUUCUCAAAGCAGCAAAAAUUCAACAGGCAAAAUUAACCGAGUAAUUUCUUGCUAGUUAAAACUUAUUUAUUAUGUACAAAUGGAUUCUUCUAAUUUUAUUUAAAUUAUUGUGUUUUUAAACACUGACUUUAUUUUCUGACUUGAAGAUGCUUUUAUGUAUUCCCAAAGAGAUUUUUUUCCUGCUGUUUUGAUGGUGUGGAAAUCUAAGUGUAACUAUGACACAACUUAAAAUAAAACUUAUUGCCAAAGU